AUGGGUACAACUGCCAGUGCCGCACCACAGCCUGUUUCCGUAGCGUCGCCACUUGAGAGUGUCCAUGGCAACGGGAUGGCCGACAGCAGGCAGUCUCUUAGCAUGAGCCCCUUUCAGACAGUCAACAUCCACAACAACAAGGCCAAGUCCAUUAUCACCAACAAAGUCGCACCUGUUGUCAUCACAUAUAAUUGCAGACAGGAGUUUCAGAUUCACGAUGACAUCCUCAAGACCAACUACAAGCUUGGUCGGAUAUCAGACACCAUGCCAGAGCACUACCUGGUGCAGGGGGAGUACUUCAUGGUCCAGGAUGUGUACAGCAAGGCAGAUGUCUUGAAUACCACAGGCAGCUAUGGGGCGCCCAACUUCCGCCAAGUCAAGGGAUCCUACCCGCUGUAUGGGAUGGGUCAGCCGAGCCUGAAUGGCUUCAAACAGGUUCUCCAGAGGCUCCAGGCGCAAGGACACGAGGAGGUUAUAUUCUUCUGUGUAAGAGAGGAGCCGGUGGUUUUCCUGCACAAGGAAGAUGACUUUGUGCCGUACACCCCCAGGAGGAAGGAAAACCUACACGAGAACCUCCAUGGCUUGGAAAAGGAGGUACUGGUGGAGAGCCUGGAGCUCACCAUCAGGAAGGAGCUCCACGACUUUGCCAAGCUCAAUGAAAACAUCUUCUACGUCUACAAUGACAUUGAGUACUUUAAAGACGAGCCACAGAAGAUCUCUAUCACGUGUGAGGAGGACAUCCAUGUGACUGAAGAGGUCUAUAAGAGGCCAAUGUUCACCAUGACGGCCUACAGGUACUACAGGUUACCAUUACCAAUGGAGGGAGCACCAUUGGAAGAAGAUUUUGACCUAUUUGUUAACAUACUCAGGGAGAGCCCCAGCUUGUCUCUGGGCCAUGAUGCGUCCCGGCCGUUGCCUGCGCUGCUCUUCAGCUGCCAGGUGGGCGUUGGCCGCACCAACCUAGCCAUGAUCCUGGGCACACUGGUCAUGAAUCGCCUGAGGGGUGAUUCACAACCGCCAUCUCAAGUUGAGGAGCCAGCAGCUUCAGAGCCCAAACCACUUUUCAAGGUCAUCCAGUCUCUUAUCAACAAGCUGCCUAAUGGACAGCAGGUCAUGGAGGAGGUUGACCAGGCUAUUGCCCUGUGUUCAGAAAUGCACAACAUAAAAGAAGCAAUAUAUGAGAACAAGAGUAAGCUGGAAGGGAUUGGAGAAGAUUAUCAGAUUCAGGGAAGCAGUACCAAAGACUACUUUCUCAACAGAACCAUGCAGAGCUUGGAGCGCUACUUCUACUUGAUUGUAUUUAAUGCGUACCUGCAUGAACAGUAUCCUCUUGCCUUUGUGUCCAACUUCAGCCAGUGGAUGUGCUGCCACGCGUGGCUGUACAGGUUGCUGGCCUGCAUGGACCUAUCGGAGCUCUCAGCUCCGGCCGAGCUGGUCACCAGGGGAACCCGUGUCCUGGUUGCUGAUGACUACUUGGCCCCUGACGUGCUCAGCACACUGAAGGAGAUGAAGGCGGUCAACUUCAGACGAGUGCCCAAGAUGCCUGUUUAUGGAGUGGCUCAGCCAACAUCAGAGGCUAUCGGAGCAGUCUUGGCCCAUCUGACGGAUGAGAAGAGGAAGCACAGCCACGUGUUGUGGGUAAACCUGCAGGAGGAGCUGGUGUUGGAAGGAAAUGGUCAGAUUUUUACACCGAGGGAGCCGUCAUGCCUGGACCAGCACAUUCCUAUCCCAUCAUCUGACCCUCAGCUAAUAGAGAAACUCGAGACGUCUCUGAAGGAGGUGAUCCUGCGAGCUCAGAAGUGGCUGGAGGUGACACUGGAGCAGGAGAAACAAAUGAAGAUGUUUAAAAGCUGCCUCACGGUCCAGGAGAUCUUCAACCAGCACAAAAGCUCCCACCAGGGCCUUGUCUACAAACGCAUCCCUCUGCCGGACUGCAGCGCGCCCAGGGAGGAGGAUUUUGAUAAGCUGCUGGAGGCCAUGAAGAGUGCCUUGGCUGAGGACUCCCACUCAGCCUUUGUUUUUAACUGCUCCAACGGCAAAAGCAGGACCACGACCGCCAUGGUUGUCGCUGUUCUGACUCUCUGGCACUUUAACGGUUUUCCAGAGUUUGCAGAUGACGAGAUUGUAAGUGUUCCUGAUGCCAAGUACACAAAGGGAGAAUUUGAGGUUGUGAUGCAGCUGGUUCGUCUGCUCCCCGAUGGUCACAGGAUGAAGAGGGAGGUGGACAUGGCUCUGGACUCUGUCAGCGAGACCAUGACCCCCAUGCACUACCAUCUGAGAGAGAUCAUCAUCAGCACAUACAGACAGAUCAAAAGUGGUAAGACAGAGAAGGAUUGUCAGCAGCUGCUGCUGAGGAGCCUGCAGUGCCUGGAACGCUACAUUUACCUCAUCCUCUUCAACACAUAUCUGCAUCUAGAGAAGAAAGACUCCUGGCAGCGCUCCUUCACUCUCUGGAUGGAACAGGUGGCUGCCAGGGCCGGAGUUUAUGACAUCCUCAACCAGCUGGCCUUCUCCGAGUUUGAAAACCCAAGGGACACGCCACUGGCCAGGCUGCGCUGCCGUUGGCAACAGCAAAACAUUCAUUCACUUCCUUUCCGUGGGGAGUUUGUUUGAGAGAGGAUCACUGUGAAUGCACCAAACCCGUACUGUGCUUUUAAAAUUAAAAAACAUUCACAUUGUCAUGCCUUCUAUAUUUACCCCUGUAUUAUCCAUAUCUUCACUUCAUCUAUGAUUUGUUUUACUGUUUUUGUUUUUUUUUGUUUUUUUUGUUUUUAAUUUCAUUUGUAGGUGUUUUAAUGUUAAGUCUUAACAGGCUGUUGCUCCUAUACUAGAAGUUUGUAUUUGUGCCUUUGCCUUUUUUUAAUGGUAGAUCAUAGAAUUGACUAAUAUUUAUGUUACUUUUUUUCAACACAAGGUGGUUUAAAAAAAAAAAAAAAAAAAAAAAGCGUUUUUCUUUUGAGAUCUUACUUUUGAAGGUGAGACAGCCUUUCAAAACUUUUGUUGUACCGAGACAAAAGUUAAAUGUUGUUAUGGAGGAGAGAAGCAAAUUCCACUCUGUUGUCAGCCAACAGUUUUGGUUGUUUGUCACAACUGUUUGCUGUUGUGUGACCUGAUAUUUUUCUUGAACCCUGCCCCUUUGUUCUUAGCACAGCUGUCAUCAGUGGCUGUGUAUUCGUCUGGCUUGAGGUUUUUCAAAUUUUGAGAAGAUUCCCUGUGUACGUAUGAAAGCUGUUGUUAUUUAAAUGUUAAUGUGUCGUUGAAUUUUCUGAUGUUUUUGAGAGCUGUUGGUCAGUUUCUUUUGCUACAGUAUGACAACAGUUAUGUGUCCCUCUGUUGUACCUGAUUCUUUUUACAUUUAUUUACAUGUGUCAUGAUACAGGUACUAACAGUACAGCAUGUCAGGAAUUUUUAAGUUAGUUUGAUUUUACUUUAAAGGUGUAAAUGUGUCUGUUGUAUAUGCUGUUGAAAACUUUGGAGCAGUGUCGCUUAAACAUGAAAACAUUUUUUUUUUUUUUUUUUUUCUGAGAUUCCUUUGAAAUCCCAUUCUGAUUUUUCAAAACCUGGCGCCUACAUUGCCAACAGUGCAGCCCGACUGCUGAAAGUUCGGUUGGAGAUUUGGAUGCACAAGUAGUACUCCCCAAGACCUGUAACCAGACUUUGAUGUGUAAAAUUGGCAGAAUUCCCCUUUAAUCAACUUGGCUCUCCCAGACUUCACAACCCCUGCCAGUAACUGGUUACAAUUUCUGUGACAUCACCAGUCCAUCAGCAGGAAAUAAAUUAUACGUCUGACAGUAAAAUUAAUGGUUGGAGAAAGCCAGACCUGCAAAUAUUUGGGUUAAAGAAAACACUUGGUAUCAAUUGAUGAAUGAUAAACAUACCCUUUAACAAAGGGUAUAUGAAGACAAAAGCUGCAUGAUUCACUGCUCAGGACACGACGUUAUAAUUGCAUUGUCAGGCAAACAGGGCAACAGUUAGAACAUUGCUUUUAGUCAACACAUGCCAAUUAUUUUUUAGCGUGUCUACAGUUCCAGAAUGAGUUUUACUGUACAGUAUUUCUUCAAAAAGUCUUAACACCUUUUUUUUUUUUUUUCUUUUUGAGUAUUUUGUUAUUCUUGAAUUUGCUAAUGUGUUUAGUUGUAAAGUAACUUGUAGCUUCAAGUGUGCUGUAAAAACCAUGAAUCCUGCCUUAAAACCAGAAAGAUAAGCCAGAAAAAAAAAAGCUCAAAAAUCCUUCCUCCCGAUGCCUUUCAUUCCAAUUUGUUAUAUUCUGUCAAUGCGUCAUAACAUUUGCACUGUAUAUAACUCAUUCAGACUAACUAAGAUUGUGAUGACUGAAAAUGAAAGGUAAAUUGAAAAAGCUUUUUAUGCUUCAGAGACUGUAUGACAAACCCAUCUUUGUGUGACUUGAUAAGACAAGAACAUACAUGUGCGGGUUGUAAUAACAACUUAAUGUCUUAGCUAUGCUCUUAAUUUAAUGUUUUUUUUAAAACAAAGGAACUCUUCAUAGAAGCAAUGUACUAGCUUUUUAUUCAAUGUAUGUUCCAUUUAUUUUCUUUUUUGGGGGGCUAAAAUAAAUAAUUCAAAUGGA